AUGGACUGGGGUUAUAAGAAGGACAACAAUGAGGGUGACGAAGAUGAUUAUGAGGGUAAUAGGAAGGUCGACAAUGAGGGUGACGAAGAUGAUUAUGAGGGUAACAAGAAAGACAACAAUGAAGGUGACGAAGAUGAUUAUGAGGGUUAUAAGAAAGACAACAAUAAGGGUGACAAAGAUGAUUAUGAGGGUUAUAAGAAGGACAACAAUGAGGGUGACAAAGAUGAUUAUGAGGGUAACAAGAAGGACAACAAUGAAGGUGACGAAGAUGAUUAUGAGGAUAACAAGAAGAACAACAAUGAAGGUGACGAAGAUGAUUAUGAGGGUUAUAAGAAAGACAACCAUAAGGGUGACGAAGAUGAUUAUGAGGGUAAUAAGAAGGACAACAACGAGGGUGACGAAGAUGAUUAUGAGGGUAACAAAAAGGACAACAACGAGGGUGACGAAGAUGAUUAUGAGGGUAAUAGGAAGGACAACAACGAGGGUGACGAAGAUAAUUAUGAGGGUUAUAAGAAGGACAACAACGAGGGUGACGAAGAUGAUUAUGAGGGUAAUAAGACGGGUAACAAUAAGGGUGCUGAAGAUGAUCAUAAACGGGGAGGCAAGGAGGUGAAAACAAGAGAUAAUAAGGGAGAGCGCAAGAAAGGACGACGACGAGUUUAUGGAUCUUGUUCGUCACAACUUUGUUGUCUUCUUAUCUGCUUUGUUAUUCACUCUGUCAACCUCAUAUUCUACCUGUUUAUUAUCCUUAUUAUCUUCUUUGUCAUCCGUUUUAUCUUUCUCCUUAUCCCCCUCGCUACCCACUUCGCUGACGUCCUUGUCAUCAUCUUUGUAUUUUCUCCCUGUCAUACACCUCUCCCCCUUCCUGCAUUCAUCACAUUCUGUUCGCAAACCUGCUUAUCAUCGUCAUCAAUGUUUUCAUGGUGA